GGGAGGCUAAAAGCAGGUGGGGGAGUGAAUCUGGGGAUUGUGGGAAUUUCGGGCCGCGCCCCCGCCCCCAGCCAUGCGUGGGGCGCCUGGAGAAGGGGCGCGCGGGCAGGUGCGGUGCUGCGGGGCCCGCGCGUGGGGGCCGCGCCGGCCGGGGCGGGGUGAGUCACUGCCCGCCCGCUCCCAUUGUGCGGCCCGGCGGCGGCGGCGGAGGUGCGGAGCCGAGCGCGAGGAGGUGGAGCCGCGGGCUGCGGGCUCCGGCGCCUGCGUCCGCCCGGCCAGCCCGGCUCUGCGCCGCGAGAGGCCGGACGGGAGCCGCGGCUGCGCCCCCGAGCGAGCGCGGGGGACAUGGGGCGCGGCGGCCCGUCUGGGCCUCGCAGGCUCCGGAGCCCCGAGGGCUCCCCGCUAGGCCCCCUCAGUGGCCCCUCCUUCUCACCCGGGGCUCGGGUUCCUUAGUGAGCGACAGCGUCCCCAGCCACCUCCCCAGCCAUGGCCAACGGAGUGAUCCCGCCGCCCGGGGGCGCCUCCCCCCUACCCCAGGUCCGGGUGCCCUUGGAGGAGCCCCCUCUAAGUCCAGACGUGGAGGAGGAGGACGAUGACUUGGGCAAGACCUUGGCUGUGAGCAGGUUUGGGGACCUCAUCAGCAAGCCCCCGGCCUGGGACCCCGAGAAGCCCAGCCGCAGCUACAGCGAGCGGGACUUUGAGUUUCACCGGCACACAUCCCACCACACCCACCACCCGCUCUCAGCGCGCCUGCCUCCACCCCACAAGCUGCGGCGGCUGCCCCCCACCUCUGCCCGGCACAACAGGAGAAAGAGGAAGAAGGAGAAGACCUCUGCUCCCCCCUCCGAGGGGACCCCUCCCAUCCAGGAGGAGGGGGCAGCUGGAGUGGAUGAGGAGGAGGAGGAAGAGGAGGAAGAGGAAGGAGAAUCUGAGGCAGAACCUGGAGAGCCCCCACCCUCAGGGUCCCCACCGAAGGCAAAGUUCUCCAUUGGAAGUGAUGAGGAUGACAGUCCAGGCCUCCCCGGGAGGGCUGCUAUCAUCAAGACCCUGCCCUCGGUGGGCCCACGCACUGACAGGAGCCCCCAGCACUCCGGCAGCUCCCCCAGCCCCCGGGCCAGGGCGUCCCGACUCGCUGGGGAGAAGAGCCGGCCCUGGAGCCCAUCGGCCAGUUAUGACCUUCGGGAGCGACUGUGCCCAGGCAGUGCCCUGGGCAACCCAGGUGGUCCAGAGCAGCAGGUGCCCACAGAUGAGGCGGAGGCCCAGAUGCUGGGUUCUGCAGACCUGGAUGAUAUGAAGAGUCACCGACUGGAGGACAAUCCUGGUGUGCGGCGACACUUAGUGAAGAAGCCGUCCCGGACGCAGGGCGGGAGGGGCAGUCCCAGUGGCCUGGCCCCCAUCCUUCGCAGGAAGAAGAAGAAGAAGAAGCUGGACCGGAGACCUCAUGAGGUGUUCGUGGAGCUGAACGAGCUGAUGCUGGACCGCAGCCAGGAGCCCCACUGGCGGGAGACGGCCCGCUGGAUCAAGUUUGAGGAGGACGUGGAGGAGGAGACGGAGCGCUGGGGGAAGCCCCACGUUGCCUCGCUCUCCUUCCGCAGCCUGCUGGAGCUCAGGAGAACCAUCGCCCAUGGAGCUGCCCUCCUGGACCUGGAGCAAACCACCCUGCCGGGCAUCGCACACCUCGUGGUGGAGACCAUGAUUGUAUCCGACCAGAUCCGGCCGGAGGACAGGGCCAGCGUCCUUCGUACCCUGCUGCUGAAACACAGCCAUCCCAACGAUGACAAGGACAGUGGCUUCUUUCCCCGAAACCCAUCGAGCUCCAGCAUGAACUCAGUCCUGGGGAAUCAUCACCCAACUCCCAGCCACGGCCCUGAUGGGGCGGUGCCUACCAUGGCUGAUGACCUGGGGGAGCCAGCCCCGCUCUGGCCACAUGACCCUGACGCCAAGGAGAAGCCCCUCCACAUGCCUGGGGGAGACAGUCACCGGGGGAAAAGCCUGAAGCUGCUGGAAAAGAUCCCCGAAGAUGCUGAGGCCACCGUUGUGCUUGUGGGUUGUGUGCCUUUCUUGGAGCAGCCGGCGGCAGCCUUCGUGCGGCUGAAUGAGGCUGUGCUUCUGGAGUCUGUGCUUGAGGUCCCUGUCCCAGUCCGCUUCCUCUUCGUGAUGCUGGGGCCCAGCCACACCAGCACCGACUAUCACGAGCUUGGACGCUCCAUUGCCACCCUUAUGUCUGACAAGCUGUUUCAUGAGGCUGCCUACCAGGCGGACGACCGGCAGGACCUCCUGAGCGCCAUCAGCGAGUUCCUGGACGGCAGCAUCGUGAUCCCUCCGUCCGAGGUGGAGGGCCGAGACCUGCUGCGCUCCGUGGCUGCCUUCCAGCGAGAGCUGCUUAGGAAGCGGCGGGAGCGCGAACAGACCAAAGUUGAGAUGACCACACGGGGCGGCUACACGGCCCCUGGGAAAGACGUAUCUUUGGAGUUGGGGGGCUCCGAGGCGACCCCUGAAGAUGACCCCUUGCUGCGGACGGGCUCGGUAUUUGGGGGGCUCGUGCGGGACGUGAGGCGCCGGUACCCGCACUACCCCAGUGACCUGCGAGACGCCCUGCACUCCCAGUGUGUGGCUGCCGUGCUCUUCAUCUACUUUGCAGCCCUCAGCCCUGCCAUCACCUUCGGGGGGCUGCUAGGAGAGAAGACCGAGGGGCUGAUGGGUGUGUCCGAGCUGAUUGUGUCCACUGCUGUGCUGGGCGUCCUCUUCUCUCUGCUGGGGGCUCAGCCACUGCUUGUGGUUGGCUUCUCUGGGCCGCUGCUCGUGUUUGAGGAAGCCUUCUUCAAGUUCUGCCGAGCCCAGGACCUGGAGUACCUCACUGGCCGGGUGUGGGUUGGCCUCUGGCUGGUGGUCUUCGUCCUUGCCCUGGUGGCCGCUGAAGGCAGCUUCCUGGUCCGCUACAUCUCGCCUUUCACCCAGGAGAUCUUCGCCUUCCUCAUCUCACUCAUUUUCAUCUAUGAGACCUUCUACAAGCUGUACAAGGUAUUCACAGAGCACCCACUGCUGCCGUUCUACCCCCCUGAAGGGGCCCUGGAGGGGUCCCUGGAGGGGUCCCUGGAGGCUGGUCUGGAGCCGAAUGGCAGUGCCCUGCCCCCCACCGAGGGCCCCCGCAGCCCGAGGAACCAGCCCAAUACGGCACUGCUGUCACUCAUCCUCAUGCUCGGGACCUUCUUCAUCGCCUUCUUCCUGCGCAAGUUCAGGAACAGCCGCUUCUUGGGGGGCAAGGCUCGCCGCAUUAUCGGGGAUUUUGGCAUCCCCAUCUCCAUCCUGGUGAUGGUCCUGGUGGAUUACUCCAUCACAGACACCUACACGCAGAAGCUGACAGUGCCCACAGGGCUCUCAGUGACCUCUCCUGAUAAGCGCUCGUGGUUCAUCCCACCACUGGGCAGUGCCCGUCCUUUCCCGCCCUGGAUGAUGGUGGCAGCUGCUGUCCCCGCCCUCCUCGUCCUCAUCCUGAUCUUCAUGGAGACACAGAUCACAGCGCUCAUUGUCAGCCAGAAGGCGCGGAGGCUGCUUAAGGGCUCCGGUUUCCACCUGGACCUGCUCCUCAUUGGCUCCCUGGGGGGGCUCUGUGGGCUGUUUGGGUUGCCGUGGCUCACGGCGGCCACAGUCCGCUCUGUCACCCAUGUCAAUGCACUGACAGUGAUGCGCACUGCCAUCGCACCUGGUGACAAGCCCCAGAUCCAGGAGGUGCGGGAACAGCGGGUCACUGGUGUGCUCAUCGCCAGCCUCGUGGGCUUGUCCAUCGUCAUGGGGGCCGUGCUGCGUCGGAUCCCAUUGGCUGUGCUCUUUGGGAUCUUCCUGUACAUGGGGGUCACAUCCCUGUCUGGUAUCCAGCUGUCCCAGCGUCUGUUGCUCAUUCUCAUGCCUGCAAAGCACCAUCCCGAGCAGCCCUAUGUGACCAAGGUGAAGACGUGGCGGAUGCACCUGUUCACCUGUAUCCAGCUGGGCUGCAUCGCGCUGCUCUGGGUGGUCAAGUCCACGGCGGCCUCACUCGCCUUUCCCUUCCUGCUGCUGCUCACGGUGCCUCUGAGGCAUUGCCUUCUGCCCCGGCUCUUCCAGGACAGGGAGCUGCAGGCGCUGGACUCAGAAGAUGCUGAACCAAACUUUGAUGAGGAUGGCCAGGAUGAGUACAAUGAGCUGCACAUGCCAGUGUGACCCUUGAAGACAGUGCCCCUCAGAUACCCCAAGACAUUAGAGAUGGACACCUGGGCCCGGGGGCUCCUCAGGACUCAGAGAUGUGCCUGGAACCACACCUGAUGCCACGGCUAGAGUGGCCCCCGUGACUUCUGCCUGGGGCGUUGAUCUCGCCUCUCCUUUCACAGACCAGACCGGCACAGGCUUUGAGCUCAUUAUAACCACACUCCUUGUCUCGUGUCUGC